CCCGAAAACAUGCUUUCAUUUGUUGCUCUUAAAGAAAAAUUUUUAUCAGAAUGCUUAGGUGGUAAAUGUGAGGCACCUCGUAAAAAAGAUUUUAAAGAUUUAAAUAUUGAAGUUAAAUUUG